GAUGGACAUUCGUGAUUCCAGCUAAGGUUGAUCAAAUCACCGAUGUUGUCCUCGCCUGGUUUCGCGAAUGACCCGCCUCGACCAUACCGCGAUUGACGCACACGCUACGAACUCUCUGGCAGCCGCAUCGCGCAUUUGAUCUUCACCCUUGCUGCUACAAGUUCGCGUGCCGGGAAUGCGGGACUAGGCCGCAGAUAAAGGAUCGAAGAGGGACAGCGCCCAGGACUGUCCAUCCAAAUCACCACUUUUGUGCGCUUGAGAGAGAAAAGAGCAGCAGCAGCAAGAUGAGCUUUUUAGGGGCUUCUUCGGUGGACGAGGAUGAGGUCAGACGGAUGCGCAAACAGCUGAAGCAGCAAGACAUGGAAAUCGGUCAGUUGCAGAGCCUCAAACAGACAUAUGAGACUGAGCUAUCAUCGCUACGCUCUGCCAAAGUAGAGCUGGCUACUCAGCUAGAUGCAGAGACGCAACGAGCAACCGCGGCGGAAGGCGAGGCGAAGCGCGCCAAAGACGAAAGAGCCCGAAGUGUGCUGCAGAUCAGCAAUCUUGAAACUGCGCUGGAUAACGAGAAGAGAGCCGCGCAAGAAGGCUUGAGGGGCAGAAGAAGGGAAGAAGUUGAGAGGGAUCGAGCAUUGGGUCUUCACUCGAAGGAGACGGAAGAGGAGCGCAAGCAGCUAGAAGCAAGGGUGAAGCAGCUCGAGAGCCAACUGGGCUUCAGCAAUGAGGAGCUCCGCAGACUGCAGCAGUCCGAGGUAUCGACAACGAGGCGCGCUGGCCGUGUCGAUCCUGCAGCGCAUGCACUCGCACUGGAAAAUGAAGUCAGCGUGCUGAAAUCGGAAAUCUCCAGGCUGCGAGAAAGCAGCUCUGCCCUGGGAGCAGCGACACCUGUCAAGCCUGCUGGCAGCCGCAGGCGUCCACGCCGGUCAUCUAUUGGAGGCUCUGCGCUCGCUCCAGGGGAUGAGGGCGAAAUCAAAGCUCUGCGCGUGGACGUCGCAAAAUUAGAUGAACAGGUCAAAAAGGCAAAUGAACGAGCAGAGAAGGGCGAGAAAGCAGCACUCAAAGCUUCGAACGAGCUAAUCGUCGCACAGAGAGGCCUGGCUGCUGCGAAGGAAGCCGCAAAGGAAGCGACGGACGAGCUGCGUGAAGAGCUGAGGUGGGCGCAAAAGGAAGCAGAUGAGCUCAGGUCAGAGCUAGACGCCGGCGCGAAAGGAUCGUCCAAGCGCAGUGCGCCAACAAUGGAUCCAAAGGUCCAGCAAGAGCUUGAAGAUGUCAAAUUGCAGCUCGCCUCGAAAGUGCAGGCGUGUGCACAGGUCGAGGCGGAGCUCAUCACUCGUACUCGCCAAGCGGAAGAAUCAUUGACUCGCGCACAGGCGGCUGAGAAAGCCGCGAAUGCGGCGCAAGAGCGUGUGCGGGCCUUGCAAGCUUCAGCGUCUGCCGGCGAAGGUCUCGAUCCUCAGAGGGACGGUUCUGCGGUCAACGCUUCAAGCUCAAGUAACGAGGGUCGCGUUGUCAGAGAGCUUCGCCGGGAGCUGAAGAGCGUGACGCAGGCGCGAGAUGCUCUGCAAGUGGAGAUCAGCCAAUUAGAAGACGAAUUUGAGAAGCUGGGAAAUCAAGGUGAUGCUGCUUCAAAGAAAGACGAGUUUACUUCGGAGCUUCGUGAGAGGGUCAGGUCUUUGGAGAUGGAGCGGGACACUCUUGCUUCUCAGGCAGCUGAGCAUGCGUCAUUGCAAGAUGUUGGUGGCAAGGGUAAAGAGAUUGACGCUCUGCAAGAGGAGCUCGAGCAAGCAAACGCCGAGCGGGACCGCCUGGUGAAGGAUCUCGAAGAAGCUAGAGGUGCGCUGACCGAAGCUUCUGAACACCACCGUCAACUGCAAGAGCGGCUGUCAACCCAAAAAGAACAUGUAAGCCUUGCUCAGGAUCGGAUCGCCACGCUGGAGCGCGAACUGGAGUCCUCGCAGCCAUCAUCAGCCGACGGCCUGGCGUUGAACGAACUCCGCGCGCUGCUUCAGCAAAGCGAGUCAUUGGUGGAGAGUCUGCGGGCAGACGUCUCUGCUACCGGCGAUGCUGUUUCGAAUGCGCACAAGGACUUGCACUCGGCUCAGUCGGGCCGACAAGAGCUUGAACAGCGUCUUGCAGAGAGCGAAAGGCGGCGCGAAGUCGCCGACGCAGAGCUGACUGCUCUUCAAGCAGAGGCUGCUGCCCCCAAGGAAGUCGAAGACCUAAAAAUAAGACUCGAUCAGGCACAGCAAGAGCUGGAAGCAGCACGACAAUUGGUUCGCGAACGUGACGGACUCUUGACGCAGCUCCAAGAUGCGUCCGAAAAGGCGAACGAGGCUCUUCAGGAACAGAACGACAAGAUCGCACAGCUCGAGAGGCUCGCCGGAGACGCUGAAGCAGAGCUUGACGCUCUGCGAUCUAAAAGUGUCACAGAUGUCGGUCAAACGGCAGACUUCGAUGCUCUGAGAAUGCACUUGCAAGAGAGGGAGGGCCAACUGAGUGAUACGCUUCAAGCCCUGCGUAAGCGCGAGGGCGAGUUGGCUUCGGCUAAACGGCGUGUCCAGCGCUUGUCUUCUGCAAUCCGGGUAUCGUUCGGCGCGAGGGGAUCGGAAGAUCUAUUGGCUCCCUUCGCUGGAGAUGAGAGUACCGCUACCGCUGUCCAGGACUCGGACGUCUCUGUUUCGGUCCUUUCAGGAGCUGAGGACUCUUUCUUCAUAAUGCCCGGCGCAAGGCCCAGCAAGAGGUCAUUUGAGAGUGACCUUGCAGAUGAGAUCGAGCAGGUGCGCAUCUGCAUCGAGGAUGCAAAACAGCGCGUCGACUUUCAGCAGGUCGAAAUGGUCAUGCAGCUUCGCCGCGCACAAGAAGAGAACCACACUGCGAGUGUUCGAACGAUCGAUCUUGACGAUAGCGAGGAUCGCACACCUAGAUCAUCAGUCAAGUCUGCUGGACCACUACCCAGUCCCCACAAAGCACAGCUCAAUGGCUUCAUUGACGAUAACGGCGAGUUCUCUACGGCGCCAAACGACGAUGCUGAGAAGCUCGAGGCCGCUCUGGCGCUGCUGCGAACCUACGAACAGCUACAAGCAAAGCGAGAUCGCCUGAACUCGAUCGAGGGCCCCCAAGCUCGCACAGCUGCUCUUGAGGCGUCGCAUAGCGCCGCAUUGAAGAAGGUCGAAGCAUUGGAGGCUAGCAUCGAGACCCAAGAAGCACAGACUCGGAGCUGGACGGAGUUUGCUCGAGAAGAUGCCCAUCACUUAGCGAUUUGCCGCCAACGCACCUGUCAGCUGGAGUCUACGUUCGCUGGUGCUCACACGACGAACGCAGAGGGGUCUCGAGCGGCGCGCGACACGACAGAGCCGAAGGUGGCCGAAUUGGAGGAGCGCAUUCAGCGCCGCAACAACCAAAUUGCUCUUCAUCAGGAGGAGCUGCGCACUGUACAUGCACAGCUCGAAGCAUUGCGUACGAAUCUGAAGCUUGCCAACGAUGGGAAUGAAGUCCACUUGGAAGAAAGGGAGAAGUUGCAAUCUCGUGUCAUAGACGUUGAAGAGCGCUCAGCAAAUCUGGUCAGGCAGUGUGCUGAUCUGGAAGUGAAAAAUGGAGAGGCGGCUGCGCAGCUGUCAAGCAAAAUGCAAGAUGUGAAGCGACUGAGCGCCGAGCUCGACAGCACGCGAAAGACGCUGAACGCCCUCCAAGCGUCGAUGUCAGACCCCAACUCUAAAGCCAGCGAUGAAGCUUUGUUGGAGGACCUGGCUUCAAAGACGAAGGCGCUUGCAUCUUCAGAGGGGCGAUUGGCGGAAUGGCAGGCGAAAUUUGCUGACUUGCAGCGUGAUCUAGAGCAGUCGCUGCAAGAGUCAGAGACACACAAAGCUCUUCUAGAGGCAGAGCGAAGCAGCUUUGAAGGCGUCCGAGCAGACGCACAACGGGCGAACGAAGAAAUUGCGAUUCUUGAGCAGAAGCUGCACCAGGCACAGAGUGAAGGUGAAAGCUCUCGAAGGACGGCCGACGCGCUGGUGGAAGGAGCUCGCAGAGAGGCAGAGCGACGAUUGGAGGAGCUCGAGAGCGUACGCAAGGUCUUGUCAACUGCAGAGGCUGACAGCAACGGCCAAGCGCAAGUCCUUGAAGAUCUGCGCGUCCAACUCUCGAGAGCGCAAUCGGAAGCAGCGAUGGCGGAGCGAACUGCCAAUACUCGAGCUUCGGAACAUGAGAGUGCUCGUCUAGAACUCGAGUCACAGAUCGAGAGUGCCCAUGCCAGGUAUGCCGCCGAGCUCUCCGCAGCACGAGAGCGAGUGACCACUGCGGAAAGCCAGCUUGAACAGGCUCGCGACAAGAUCCGCUCCUUGGAGACUGAGGCCACUUCUGCUUCUGAAACAAGUCACGAAGUCGGAGCGUUGAUGUCUGAACUGGAAGAAGCCCGCACGGCCAGAGAGCAGGUCUCCGCCAAGCUGGCAGAACUGCAAGCCAAUGCCGAGAAAAACUCUAGACUAUACGCCGAAGAGCGCGAAGAGCAGGACAAGGUCAUUGCCGAGAUGCAAACCAAACUGCAUCACUCGACAGAAGUGGAGCAGGCUCUCUCAGAUCGAGAAGAGCAGUUCAGAAGCCUGAAGAAUCAGUAUGACAUCAAUCGGGCAAAUGCUGAAAAGCUCGUCUCUCAGCUGUACGAAGCAAAGGAGGAGGGUGCUGACUUUGAGCGCAAAGCGGAGAAUGCGCAAAGACAGCUCGAGAAAGUCUCCACGCAACUCAAAGACGCCUUGGCGACCGCAGAGAACAGUCACAUGGUCUUGGAGCGGACACAGUCCCAGCUUAAAGAGCAGCGCGCCGCGGUCGAAUCGCUGAGCACGCAGCUUCGAAGCGUCGAGGACGAGAAGCACCAAGUGCAGGAAGAGCUUGCAUCAGCCCGGAAUGUAGCCUCGUCCAACGAAGCUGUCGCUCAGCUGGAAGCGCGUAUGCGUGAGCUCGAAGCGGAGCUGGAGACCAAGGUCAUCGAGAUCGAGGAUAAUGAUGACAAAAUGAUGGAACAGAUUAAGCAGAACAAGAAGCAAUCUCUGCGUGCCAAGGCUUUCCAGGAAAAGGUCACUGCCUUGCAAGCGCAGGUUGACGAUCUCAAAUUGCAGCUCGACGCAGCCCUACAGAUGAGAUCAGAGGCGUCGCAGAAAGGCCUGCCGCGCUCUUCCGAGGAUAGGACAAUGUCGCCUUCUUUGCUUUCGAACAGAUUUGCCGAGCCUCUCAGAGAGGCCCCCGCACGACCGGUCUCCACACCCCCAUCGACAUCGCGCAAGCGCAGCUUUGCAGAAGCAGACGAUGAAGCGGCCACAGCAGUGCGCAAUGGCGCAGCCGCCCCGACCGUGAGAGCCAUGUACGUGCCGGUCUCGCCUAGCAAGACGUUUACACCUGUUCGAAAGAGCAAGAGCGACGCCGCCUUCUCCAACGGCGCCACGCCUGGUCCCACAGCGGAGAGAGUUGUCGUGGCGCAAAGAAGCGCGAGCACGAACCCGACGAACGCUGGCGCCAUUGGCACAUCUAACAAUUUCGCAAAGGAUCGGAGGGACGCGCCGCCUGCGGGAAGUCUCGUGGAUCGCACAAACGUCAAGGAUACAAUCUCUAGCUCAAAGGCUGGACCUUGGCAAGCAGGCGCUCGAGUCGCUUCGAACGGCUCGGCCAGACCGGUAGGAGGUCUUUUGAAAAAAUUGCAAACGCUCCAAGACGGUCGACCGCGCCCUGCUUAGUGGCUGUCGCAUCUCAAUAUGAACGUCACAGUCCAGACAAGAGACCAACAGACAACAGCACCGAAUCGCACAUCUGCUAAUUGUAUGCUUUCGUGAAGAAUGU